CCCAAGGAAAACCAGAAUUUGGGCCGAUAGCACACAAGUAGCGUCCGCAGGGUCAAUUGAGACGCCUACGUGUCGCACGUAUAAUAAGCAGUGUUCUAACACCGAAACGUGUCAACUUCUGGCGCAAACCUAUAUAUAUAAUCAUUGUACGUAGCUGCCCGCCAUUCUUCAUAUCGCUGUCCGAAAUCUGUUCGCUGCUGCACCGGACGUCUUUAACAGGUAGUACUACUAUUGGGUUUCAAAGUUAUCGUGAAAUUCUAAUGGCAAAUUCUUACAGAUUUGGUUGUCGUGUGACCUUUGUAAGAAACUUUAGAGAGUGGACACUGAAAGAUGCAUGUGGCAUGGAAACGACUUAUAUCCUGACUUAUGGAGACACAUACAGAGAUCUCUACCAGCCAGCCCUCAUCAUUGCAGCAUGCUUUGCCUUCACGGCUUCGGUCUUCUCCAUCCUUCUAAUUUUCCAACAUCUCAGAUCAUAUAACAAUCCUGCGGAGCAAAAAUGGGUUGUUGCAGUUCUUCUUAUGGUUCCUAUCUAUGCCACGGAAUCAAUUUUAGCUCUAUGGAACCCAAGACUGUCCAUGGCAUGUGACAUUUUAAGAAACUGCUAUGAAGCAUUUGCUUUGUAUUCAUUUGGGAGUUACCUUAUUGCCUGCCUGGGUGGAGAGAGAAGAGUGAUAGAGCUCCUUGAAGAUGAAUCAGAAAAACUGCUCAGCAAGUCAUUAUUAGAAGGGGCAGAAGAUAAACCAAAGUCAGAACACAGAACAUUACGAAAUUUCUUCCUCCAACCAUGUGUGCUUGGAAAAGACUUGCUUACAAUUGAGAAAUUUGGUCUCGUACAGUAUAUGAUUUUGAAGACUGUUUGUGCAUUCUUGGUAUUGAUACUGGAGCUCUUUGGUGUGUAUGGUGAUGGAGAGUUCAGGUGGUACUACGGGUACCCAUAUAUAGCAGUGGUACUGAACUUCAGCCAGAUGUGGGCAUUGUAUUGCCUGGUGCAGUUCUAUAAUGUUACUCAUGAAAGACUAAAACCAAUAAAACCCCUUGCAAAGUUUAUCAGCUUCAAGGCUAUUGUUUUUGCUACUUGGUGGCAAGGUGUCGGCAUUGCUUUAUUGUGUACCAUUGGAAUUCUGCCCAAGGAAGAAAAGUUUCAGACUGGAUUGCAGGAUUUUUUGAUCUGCAUAGAAAUGGCUGUUGCAGCCGUUGCUCAUGUUUUCGUCUUCUCAGCGCAACCCUAUCAAUUAUUGCCGGUAUCCGAGUAUGGCAAGGUUACCACCCAAGAAAAGCUGACACUAGUAGAGGGUAAUAAUGAAAGACCAACCACUCUAGAAAAAACAGAGACUGAGAUUGAGGCUCCCGGAACCAGUGUCAAAGAAAGCAUUCAGGACAUAGUUGUUGAAGGUGGUCAACAUGUGGUCAAGGAUGUUGUGUUAACCAUAAACCAGGCAAUUGAACCUGUGGAGAAGGGUGUGACCAAGAUCCAAGAGACUUUCCAACACGUAUCAGUGUCUUCAGAUAAAGAAAUAGAAGAGCUAGAAGUUAAAGUUGAAGAACGUGAUGACGAAGAAGAGCGAGAAGUUAAAGUUGAAGAACACGUGGAACGAACUGUCAUCGGAGGGUGAAUCUCAUGUUUUGAGUUCUGAAGAAAUUCUGAAGACUGAUUGCAGUGGUCCCAACGAGAGCUGAAUAAAUUCUGAAGACUCAAACA